UUAGCAUUUGAAAUCAUACUGUGGAUUCAGAGAACAUAGAAUUACACAGGGAAGAUCCAGAUGACAAAAAAGCAGAAGAACUAGAUGAGCUUCGGUUGCUUGAGCUACAAUCCUUUGACAGCAUGGAGCUUGUGGAAAAACUACUCUGCAGAAUGUUAUUUCUGUUUUUCAUGAUCCAAUCUGGCAUAGGAAGGACUCAACAAACAUUUAUGCCCCCAGGUUUUAUAGAAAGUACCUGUUUCUCUAGUAUAUUUUGGGUGAAGCUGGAUAAGUUCUUUCUUCAGGACAAGUUCUUCAUAGUAGAAAUAAUUGAUCCCUCUGGUGUUUUAAUCCUGCUUGAAAAGAAGCUUGAAGCUCGUUGUGGCUAUGUCCUGUCAAAUGAUGUGUGGGGUAAUACUAUCUUCCGGGCUUCUUUCCUUGGUUGUCAUGUUAUAAACGAGAUGGAUGAAAAGUUCUUUCUAAGUAUCAACAUCAAAGUGUCAUUAUUCCAAGACAUGAGGGCAGCUACAACUUACCAACACCCCAUGCGUUGCUCCUACAUUCCAUGGGCUCCAAGGGAAAUUUUGUGUGAAGACAAUUACAUGGAGGUAUCAGUGAAGAGUGAUGUCCCUGUGAUUUCAGAUGAUGAGACUGCAGAAUGGAUGUCGGCUUUGCCUGAGGCACAAAAGGUUGUGUAUCAGAUAUGGCAGCUGAUGUUCUAUUCUCCUUCAGGGAGAAAGACAACAGUGGUGAGUGCUGCUGACAAGCUAGGCUACAGUUUCAAUAAUACACUGGCAAGAGUGUUCCUCCGGUCUCCAUACUCCACAAACGAAACUGAACGUUCAGUGGUUAAUGGAGUCACUAUGAGCACAGUCAGCUCCACUUCCAUGUACAAGCAAAGAUGGCUGCUUUUGCUGAUUGACACCACAGUGUCAUGCCCAAUUGAUGGUACCAGUUUUACAGAUACUGCCAUAAUAUGGACUGUGCCAAGUAUAAUCCCUAGAUUGGUCCUUCAAGAAGCCACCUUUACAUCCCUUAGAAUAUCAAUGGCAGUUGAUGGACAAAGAAUAGAGAAUCCAGAGAAGUUCAACUAUAUACUGCAGCGCAACAACACACACAUUGGAAUAACUAUCCCAAUUGGAGCAUCUGGGGGCAGAUUAAAGAGUACUGUAUUCAAUGGUGUCCAUGGGGUGACCUACAGCAUUGACUUAUUAUUGGAGCAUACCUGGACAGAUACAGAUUGGCACCUGACCAAGUACACUGUGAUUAAGCCAAUCACUACACCAUUCAUGCCUCGAAUACCAAGAGUAGUCAAUAACACUGUUCCAGAAACACGACUGUUUGAUGUAACCUUGGGAGUCUUCCUUCCGGAUGUUACUCUGCUAGCACUUAAAAUAGGAGAGGAACCUUUAUCCUAUAUGGAAGCAGAGCAAAAGGGCUACAAGAUCUCUGACACUCCCUUCCCCAAUGGAACAGUAGGCUUUAAUUUGGUAGUACCUUUUGAUGAUCGCAAUGUCUUAAAAGAGUAUGUAAACAAAAAUGAAACUAAAUAUCAUCUCCAUGUGAACUACAUUCUGAAUGUGGGUCCUGAACUGAAGCUGUAUGACCAUCCUGCUGACAUAGAAUGCAUAAUUGCAGAUGUUGAACUACCAGAAGGCAUUGGGUACUGUGACAAAGAGAACAUGUAUUUAGCUGUUCCGAUUGUGGGUCUCUACCAAUACUGGAGCCUAUAUGUAGGCAAUAAGCCUCUAAGUCAGGCCACCACCCUUGCAGAUGGGUAUCUUGUAACUACCAAUGCUACUCAUCUAGUAUUGCAAGUACCUCUCUUUACUGUUGGGAUUAUUUAUGAGGAAGUGUCAUUUGAAAGAAUCCAGGCUAGAUUUGAUCUUGUUCUGAAGAAAACAAACACUCUGGAGAUUCUGGAUAUCUUCUCUGUUAGAUGCAGUUUUCACCCCUCACAAUUCAUAGUGUGCUACCCUAAUGGAACAAUAGCUGUAUCUGCUCUCAUGAAGACGGUUCCAGCCAUUGACAUGGGCAAAACAAGGCUGAAGGACAGCACCUGUAAGCCUAAAGAGUUUACGCAGGAACAAGCCUUCUUCCAGUUUCAUGUUUCUACUUGUGGCACUUCACUAAGGUUUGAAGAUGAACACCUUAUUUAUGAAAACGAAAUAUCCUUUGACAAAGAGACUCUUCCAGAACAAGGACCACCAACUAUCACAAGAGAUCCAGCAUACAGACUAACUCUCUUGUGCUACUACCCAAUCAAAGAGACACUAAUGCAAAGCGCUAUGUUCUAUGGCUCCUCCUCCUCUUCUAGACCGCCUCUUCCUUUUGGCUAUGGCACAAUGAUGACUAGGUCAAAUGUGGCAAGCCUUAGAAGAGCAAGACAAGUUCUGAAUAUCCUUUCAAAUGUGUUUAAAGAUGAAUCUUUUACAGAGCUCUAUGGGCCACAUUCAGCAGCUGUCAGGUGCUCAAGGGAGCCUAUAUUUCUUGAGGUCGAACUAAAAGAUGAAGCUCCCGAUGUUGAACUAUACUUGGAUAAUUGCUGGAUGUCUGGGACUGAAGAGUUCAGGAGCAUUCCCCAGUGGAACAUCAUUACAGAUGGAUGCAAGAACAAAAGCAGCAGAUCUGUGAGCUUCUUUCCAGUUACUAAAAGUGACAGAGUGAAAUAUCCCCAGCACUUCAAACGACUGAGAAUAUGGAUUCUGACUCCUUCUCUGAGAGAGGUAUACUUCCACUGCACAGUAAUAGCUGGCACUUGCUUUCAUCUGCCCGGCAAUGGCCUUCCCUGUAAACAGUGUUCCUCUGGAAGAAAGCUUGAUCAGCAUUCUGAAAUCCACCCUAAUCACCAUGGUUAUGUAGUGGUGGGGCCAGUCUUGAUUCAUCCCGGACAAAUUAAGUAGUUGAACACACAACAAAUAUAAAAUAUAACUAUGCAAUCCUACUUGCCAUGCCUGGCCUGUUGUUUCCGUGUCUUACCUGGGACUGAUUAAAAUGUACACAUUAGCUUCCACUGUCAACACUUCAUAAAUAAAAAGCAGGAGAUGCAAAA